AUGCACCCAGGGACUCAGGGCAUUCAGGAUGUACCAGAGAAUGAUCCUGUGGCCAGAAUCAAUUACUACCAAAUGGUAGUCCAAGAAUUCUCAUUUGGCAAGGGCCUGUUGUACUGGAUGAUGUUAAUGUCCAACUUGACUGAGUUCAGGGGCAGUCAGGAAGACAUAGAUGCACUUACUUGGGGAGCUGUGCAUGUUUCAGUCAUAUGUGCACAACUGUUCACAGAGAUCAUGCGAGACAAUGCCUCAAUGUUGAUUCAACAACCAGUGCGCCUACUGUCGCAAUCCCCCCAGGGAGCUGUGCAUGUGAGGGUGUGUGAAUGGGAGGACAAUUUGAGAGCUGCAGGAAAGGCACAGGAAAUGGCUCUGGUCCCUCGACCUGGCGUCUAUCUUGGUACAUACUUACAUGCUGCUGGUGCUGCAGUGCCACUCUAUGAAAUGGGUAUGUUACCCCCACCUGCACUGUCACCUCCACCCCCACCUACACUGUCACCCCCACCCCCACCUACACUGUCACCCCCACCCCCUUCUGCGCUUUCGUCCUCACUCCCAUCCCUAACCCCUAUCUUUUGCCUGGUGAUCAAGGGAGAGGGAAGUGACCUUCUCCAUGUCCUGCCCAAUAUGGGGGGACAACUUAGGAUCAAGGAGGAACUGCUAGACUUCAAGCUGGAGGAUGGUGAGAGGAAGCAGGAGGAGUUCAUCAAGAAGGAGGAGGUCAUCAAGCAGAAGGCAAUCAGCUAG